AAUUAUUAAUAAUUAACAAAUUUCUUUGAUACCUGAAGGAUGAAUACCUAUCUAUUCAGAAUUGACGAAUCAAACUAUUUUGAGUUGGAUACAAACAUGGAGUUGGUUCCUUGCCCACCAGUGUUCAAAAGACAGGCUAGUCUUCCUAAUCUCUAUGAAUUUUCUGCUGACUACUGUCUGUGAGGAGUGACAGGUACUGAUCCCUCCAGUGAAUUACCUGAUUAUAAAUCCAACAUGCUGGGUGCUGGAAAUAGAACAAUUCUUGCAUAUGACAUAAACCAACCGAGUAUCCAUAAGGAGUCAUUAAUUUCUUAUCAAAAUCCAAGGUCAAUCUCAUCACCUUCUAACUUUUCUACCGGAAUAGUAAAAUCCGAGUUGGUCGAGGAUGGAAGAGUUUUCAAUUGGCCCACUGCAAGGGGUCCAGCUAUAACUACUGAUUCAGAGUUUGCUCCUAAUUUUUAUAACUCUCAUUGAUGUCCUUGUGUUAGACAGAUUGGAAAAUUAGGAAUGCCGAACUUGGCUAAGAAUAGCUGGCUUCAUUCAGACAAUUUUAAAGAACCAAACUGAAUGAAUCAUAAAAUUGGAUCUACACUGAAUUGUAUGAAUAAAAAAGCUUCUGAAAUGACUCCAAGUCCUGGCAAAGCAAAUAAGGAUGGCGGUAUCGAGACGAACAAGAAAUAUGAUGAGCACUUUCCUCGUCAAAAUUUGAAAUCGAGCAGCGAAUCUACUCCCAAAAGAUCUCCCCAUGAUAUGGUCAAUUAUGAAGUCCUGAAGGGACAUAAAUAUGAGAUUCUCCCAAAUCCGAAAAAGGGUAUGAAGAAUGCAAGAAUUUUCGUUUGUAAAUAUGAUAACUGAAACAAGAUAUUCUCAAAGACCUGGAAUCUGGUGUACCACUUCAGAGUGCACACGAAGGAGAAGCCGUUUGUUUGUAAUAAAUGUGGAAAGGGGUUCACUCAGAAAUAUAACCUCGACAGGCACUUGAGCAGACAUGAAAAGAAUGAAAAACUCGGGAAGGUAAUGCACAAGUGCUCAGACUGUUACAGAAGCUAUUCAAACAUCUAUAACCUCCGCACACAUUAUAAGCAAGAGCAUGCUGAUAAGAAGACUGUCUUUAAAACCGGGGAUAAUUGUUCGAAAUCAGGGGAGAAUGGAAAGUUUAAUUAACAUCCGGAAAAAUAAGCAAAAAUUCUAAAUCUACUUAGUAUAAUUGGCCUU